AUGGUAAUGUAAUGCACAUCCUCAUUCGCCUCAUCUGGUAAGCCGAGAUAUAUUUGCAGCCUUUUCCAAACGCAAGGGAUAGAGAGUAUAGACGAACGAAAAAUGGCGAUGGACUGCUGAUGUAUCCCAAAUCAUACUUGACAUACUCAUCUCGCGUACUUGAUCACCCAUGGAUCCUGAAGUCGACGACAAGGCAGCAUCUCAACUGCAAAGCGAUUUGCGAAGCUCUCUCCGGAGCGCUCAUGAAUUGAAGAGACCUAUAUUGACUCACCUCAACGCGGACACGACGUGGCUGGUUUCACUCCCAUAUCCGAGUCAUAAAUCUCCCCCGCCUGGUCGUCUUCGCUACAAUAUUCUCAUAGAUCCAUGGUUGCAAGGAUCUCAGGAAGACUUGUCUGCGUGGUUUUCGAAGCAAUGGCACGGCGUUCGGAGCAGUGUUCAGACGAUCUCCGAACUGGAGGAGCUCCUCCGCGAAGCUGAAAACUUGGAGCGUGAGCACACAUUCUCCUCGUCCGGAAUGCAUGUCCCGGCGGAGCCACUGUUGUCUUACAUUGAUGCCGUCGCUGUAUCGCAUGAGUUUACUGAUCAUUGUCAUCGAGACACUUUGAUCGAGCUCAAUCCUAGUGUUCCAGUCUUCGCAACGAAGAAGGCGGCAUCACUGAUUCGGUCAUGGAAACACUUCAAAACUGUGAUCGAGAUGCCAACGUUUUCCAAGGGCACGGAUUGGCGGACGACCAGUCAUUCCCCACUACCUGACUGGAUAGGAAUCAGCAGGUUAAUGACGAGCUUCGACCUAGGAUCAUUGCACUCUGCGGUUCUCGUAUGUUUCGGCAACCCUCAAUCGCCAGACUCCACAGCCGAGACCUUGAUAUAUACGCCGCACGGGAUAGAGGCCUCAACAGCGUCGACGUUGAGCACGGCUUGGCCUCGACUGAAUAAUUUGGCCUUCUUGCAUGGACUGCAGGACGUCUCCCUCGCCUGGGCCACGCAACUAAACUUGGGAGCAGUGAACGCGGUCAAGGCCCAGAAGGUCCUGCAGGCCAAAUAUUGGAUCGGUACGCACGACGAGGACAAGCCGAGCUCCGGGAUGGUCGCACGGUUCUUGAAGAUUAAGAAAAGAAGUGUGCAAGAUGCACUGUCGCAGCUCAAUGCCGCAGGGAUUGAAGACACUAAUGGUUCAAACGAUUGGGCUGCUAAGAUCAAAUGUGUCGAGCUGAGAAAUGGAGAGAGUCUCUUGCUGGAGUGAAUAGGCAGUGAUCGAACUGUGCGAGACGUGCGUGGCUGACCGAAGUGAGGCCGCAAUGAGUAUGUUUUGGUAUCCUUUCCUUGAGGACUUUACACAGUAUAUGAAGGGCAUCAUCAAACGCAGUGAGAACAUGCACGUGAAAGAGAAGACUAAUUAGACGCAUCAAAACAAAUUACAGUCCCGAGUGAUGGCUUGGGAUGUACUGGUAAUAUCGAAACAGUAGCCUCGGUCAACAUGAGUUCCAGAUUCCUCUCCACGAGAUCGAUUAGCACAACACAAGUGCGGACAACAAAGCCUAACUAAGGCGUGUACCGAACCAUAAAUGAGUUUAG